UGUGCGUCUAAAGGAGGAGGCCCCGAAGUGGCGAGGCUGAGGCCAUGGAUGUCACCCAGCCCAAGCAGGAGCAUCUCCUGGCCUUGAAAGUAAUGAGGUUGACCAAGCCUACAUUAUUCACCAAUAUUCCUGUGACCUGUGAAGAAAGAGAUUUGCCAGGAGAUCUAUUUAACCAGCUAAUGAAAGAUGAUCCUUCCACAGUACAAGGAGCAGAAACUUUAAUGCUUGGAGAAAUGUUGACUUUGCCUCAGAAUUUUGGAAAUAUAUUUUUAGGAGAGACGUUUUCCAGCUACAUUAGUGUACAUAAUGACAGUCACCAAGUGGUCAAAGACAUUUUGGUAAAGGCUGAUCUACAGACAAGUUCACAACGUUUAAACCUUUCAGCCUCUAGUGCUGCGGUGGCAGAACUCAAACAAGACUGUUGCAUCGAUGAUGUAAUUCACCACGAAGUAAAGGAAAUAGGCACCCACAUCUUAGUGUGUGCAGUAAGUUACACCACCCAGACUGGUGAGAAGAUGUACUUCAGAAAAUUCUUCAAAUUCCAGGUGCUGAAGCCACUAGAUGUAAAAACUAAAUUCUACAACGCUGAGAGUGACCUCAGUUCUGUGACUGAUGAAGUCUUUUUGGAAGCCCAGAUUCAAAAUAUCACAACCUCUCCAAUGUUUAUGGAGAAAGUGUCCUUGGAACCUUCUAUUAUGUAUAAUGUUGUUGAAUUAAACACUGUGAGCCACACUGAGGACAGUAUCUCAACAUUUGGCACAAGGACAUAUUUACAGCCCAUGGAUACGCGGCAGUAUUUAUAUUGUCUUAAACCUAAGCAAGAGUUUGCAGAGAAAGCUGGAGUGAUUAAAGGAGUCACUGUUAUUGGGAAACUGGACAUAGUUUGGAAGACAAAUUUGGGUGAAAGGGGAAGGUUGCAGACAAGUCAGUUGCAAAGAAUGGCUCCAGGUUAUGGAGAUGUGAGGCUUUCAUUGGAGACCAUACCAGACACAGUAAACUUGGAAGAACCAUUUGAUAUUACAUGUAAAAUAACAAACUGCAGCAGUGAAAGGACUAUGGACCUUGUUUUGGAAAUGUGCAACACUAAUUCCAUUCACUGGUGUGGUGUGUCUGGGAGGCAGCUGGGCAAAUUGCACCCCACGUCCUCCCUCCACUUGACACUUACACUGCUGUCUUCGGUGCAGGGACUACAAAGUGUCUCUGGCUUGAGAUUGACAGACACCUUUUUGAAGAGAACAUAUGAGUAUGACGACAUUGCACAAGUCUGUGUGGUUUCAUCAAACAUAAAAGAAAACUGAAAAUAAAUUAUUUUAAUAUGUCCUGCCAGAAGUUUUGGACCAACAACAUAAUGAAUAUGCCAGACUGCAUCCAACUAUAAGCGGGGAGGGAGAGAAAACUUCUUUAUUUAACUGUUCCUCUGGAAUUCAAUCUGUCAUCUUUCACAAUGUUUUAAAUAAUUGCAAAGAAUCAAGCACAUGUAUUUUAAUUGAGUUGUAAAUAAAGCCUUUAGUCCAAUUA